GGCGACCUAUGGGGUCUGGUGCAGAGGCGGAGCCUAUGAGAAGUCCCGGCUUCCCAUCGACCGCACAAGCCCGCGGUGCCCUAAACCUUUAAAAGUCUCUCAGCUGGUCUAAUUGGUUCCCAUUGCUGCCCGAUAUGUGUUUCUACCAACCGGAAGCUUCCUGGGGGGGCGCCCUUUUUCACCAAGGCGCUCAGUUCCCGGACGCCUACGGGAAGGAGCUCUUUGAUAAGACCAACAAACACCAUUUCAUACACAGCCUGGCCCUUUUAGGGGUACCUCAUUGCAGAAAACCUCUCUGGGCCGGGUUGCUGCUAGCCUCUGGAACCACCUUAUUCUGCACCAGCUUUUACUACCAGGCUCUGAGUGGAGACUCUAGCAUCCAGAUGUUGGGCCCGGUGGGAGGGAGCCUGUUACUCAUAGGCUGGCUUGCCUUGGCUCUUUGAGGUCUCUUCUGUUUAAUUACUAAUAUAUCUGGGUAAUUUGGGGGAGAAUUGGGGUAGAAAGGGGAUUAAAAGAGAAAAGCAAAUGAAGAACUUCGGAAUUUUUGUUCAUUUAAUCUCAUGGAGCAUGAAAACUCAACCUUUGAACUUCUUCCUGGAAGAAGUUCUAACACAUCAUUGAGCCUUGGUUCUGGGGAUUCUGUUCAAGUUAACUUGUGUUGAUGUUCUUAAACCAGCAGGCAUCAGAGUCAUAAGGAAUGCUCCAAAUAAUGCAGAUUCUUACUGAAACCUUUUGGCACCUGAGAGUCUGCAUUUUAAAAAGUUUAUCAGUAGUUCUGAUGUUCACUAGAAUUUGAAGAUUACUGUAGGAUUGUGAUUCAGCUCUGUCAUUCUACAAAUUUCUCACCAACUUACUGUAAAAGUGGAGAGUUAAAACAAAGCAGGUCAGGAGGAGUAUCAUUAGUUAUAAACUACUUUGCAGUGUAAAGCAGAAAUAAUAUCAUAUAUUGGGGAAUUAGAAAAUGCUUCACUGCUUGAGGUGAUCCUUAAAGGACCUCUCUUGUAUGGAGGAUCAUAUAAUGAACAAAGAGAUUGAGGUGGGGAGAGGAAGGGUUUGGAAACAACAUGAGUCUUCAGUGUGUGCUGAGUUUCUGAAUUAGGCAAGAAAUGAAUGAGAAAAAUUGGCAAGACAGACUGGACUGGCACAGCAUGGAGAGAACUGGAAGAUGUUUGGGAGGACAGCAUUAAGUAAACCAGUGUUGAUCUUGUAUCAGACACACAUUACAAGAAGGUUCAGACAUGAGCAAGACAGAUGAUGUCCUUUCCCUGAUGGAGUUUCCCAUCUAGCAGUGGAAAUGGGCUUUAAACAACAAAACACCCAAAUAUAUCAGUUGUGCAAUGUACCGAAGGAAAACAACAAUGGAAUAGCUGGGCUAUAGAAGAUACCCCCACCCUUUAGAUGGGAAGAUCUGGGGGUCCUAUUGAAGUUGAAUUAAUGAUGGGCAAAGUGGAGAAGUGUAUUCUAGGCAGAAGGAAUAGUUGGCAAGACAAGCUGAAAGGGACAGUUCAAAAUCCUUGUGACGAAGAAAAAAUGUGGUGAAUUAGAGAAAGGACAAAACUAGUGCAGCUGCCAUGUAGUGGACCAGGGGGUCCUGGAUGGCUGGUAUAGGCCUUGCAGUGGUGAGUUGCUUGGACUCAAUUUGCAGUGCAGUAGUAAGUCUCUGAAAGGUUUAAGUCAUCCUUUUAAAGUUUCUUUCUUUUUUCCUUCCUUCCUUUUUUAAUUGCCAUGUAAUGUAUUGUCAUACAUUGCUAUUGUAUCUUCUUCAUAUGAAGAUGAUACAAUAAGGCUUCAGAGGAGACCCAGGGCCUUGCACAUGUUAGGCAAUUGUUUAAUCACUGAGCUACAUCCCCAGCCCUUUUUAUUUUAAGACAGGGUCUUCCUGAGUUGCUCAGGUUGGCCUCCAACUUGGGAUCCUCCUGCCUCAGCCUCCUGAGUAGUUUUGCACAUUUGAUAAAGUGUAAUUUGUAUAUUUUGAGGGUACAUACUUAAUUUUCCUGAAGGUAUACAUUAAAAUAAAUGUGAAUUGUGUA